AGCGCAAACACAAAUAUGAUGAUCGGGUCAGUCGCACUGGUGCUCCUAAAUAUUUUUUCAUAUUCGCACACAGUACUUUUCAGUUGCAAAUGCAAACACACAGCUUUUUUGCUUCAUAGGAUGUUAAUUGUUAGACUAAAGUGGUGUGGAUGUUUGUGAUGUUUUUAUCAGACUCUCAUUCUGACGGCACCCAUUCACUGCAGAGGAUCCAUUGGUGAGCAAGUGAGCAGUUUCUCCAAAUUUGAUGAAGAAAACUCAUAUCUUGGAUGGCCUGAUGGGGGAGUUUAUUCAGCGGCUCACACGAGGGGACGAGACAGCAGCAACCUCCCCUCACCUGCCUGCUCGCCCCUCUCCCGUCCUCCUCUCCUCCAUCACAGGGAUGCUGCUCUAAACAGGACCAGAAUUUCAUCCCAAAGCUGGAAGAACUGAUCCAGCAUGGUGGCUUUUUUCAUAAACACCGCUUAAGGAUUUUUCGGGAUAACAAACAAGCCAGUAUGGAUUACUCAAAUCCUGGCCAAACAAAAGGACGCAGCACUCUUGGGAGGAAGAAGAGAGAGAAAGAAGGAUGACACGCCUCUCCCUCACACCUGACUUUCUUUCCUUGAGAGUCAGACGCUCUUCCAGGGCUUUGUCACACUUGUGGCGACCGAAGGGUGUGUUGAUAUUGGAUGCCGUCUAGUUGAGGAAUACUUUUGAGACUGUUUAGCGUUAAGUCUUCACAACAACUCUCUGAGGUUAUUUCAGGUGAAAUACGCCAGUCUUCUGUGUUUGCAUGAGCGUGUGUGGUAACAUUUGACCCGUCUGUGCAUGUGGGCGUACGAGGGCGACGCCUGUUAGCGUCUCAGAGCGCGCUCAGUCUGUCUGGCACGUUACUGCAGCAUGAAUGACUAGCCUGCAAUCUCAAACAGCGGGGUGCGAGAAAACAACAAGAGCCCUUUGACAGUUUAAUGAGGUUAAAGCUUUCCGCCGUCUUGAAGCGUGUUCAUGUCAAAAGCCAAAAUGUGGAUAAAUAGUUCUGGUAAGACAAAAAGUAGUUUAACAAUGAGCAGUGCUUAAGUAGAAAUGCUGUUCCUCAGAAACUAAGUGAGAAGUGAUGAGAAAGUCGCUAAACUAGCUACAAACUGUUAUUUUCUAAAGACUGCUGCCUCAGAUUUGAGCCUGCGAUUGGAUGAAGAUUUAUACGCACCUUCGGACAGCUCAGCUUUCUAACGUCCCACCUCUGCAGCAAAGUGUGCUAGCAAAACCACAAAGCGUUUGUUAAACCGAAUGUCUGAUAAUUACAUUUCACAACCCACUGAGCACCAAAGGCAUCCAACUGGUAUCUUAUUAAGAAAGAUAUUGAUUUCUGUGUGACAGAGCACCAAUGAUCACUAUUAACGCCUUGAAUUUUCCUUCUUUGAGCUAAAUAUUGCUAGAUAUUUGCUGUUGAGGAAUUGGAUUUAAUGUGCAGAGCUUCAUUACAAAUUAAAUACAAAUACAUUGUACUUUUUGGAAACGAAAGUGCAUCUUGCUUAGUCGGAUCUUGAUGUUUGUGGUGGUGUUUGGUAUCCCGAGCGAGUGUUAAAUGUCAAUCCAGAUGGUUAACCAGCCGAGUGAAGGAUGUUUGCUGUUGUUCGCACCAAAGCAGAAGCGUUUAACAUGUGUAUGUAGGAGUGCGUGGGACUGAAUUUUCCUCAAGCGCACUGACUCUCUCACCUCACGCUUUUAUGUGCAACCAGUUUUUAACAAUUCAUCCAUUGUGCAACACGCAUUUUUAUCCAACCGAACGCCAUGCGCACUACACAGUUCAGACUCUUUGAGAGAUGAGAGACUGGCAAGAAACACCUACGUGAAUGUAGAAACUCAAGCAGAAGUUCAAAGAAGAAAAGCUGCCGUAGUGAAAGCGGAACAGGUGGGAAAGCACAAAGCCAAAGUGAGCCACUUGAACUCAUUCUGUAUAGAUACGUAAAGGCGUUAAGCAGCCAAACUCUUCUUCGAUAUCCACUGGGAGAGAAUCAUGGAUUUUUGGUUUCAGUGUGAGGAGGAUAAAAAUCAGUACACAGUUCAAUAACGUUCACGAGGGCUUCUGCAGUAUAUAGAAAACACUGUUUUGACCAGUUGUUGUUUUUCAGUUUUCCAUCCUAAACUUUGGCAGAUACAAAUUUGGAAUUAAACUGUCACAUCUUGGAAGCCAAAACCUAAAACAAAGCCAGAGAUUUUGCCAAAGACUGUGAGGCAAAAGUAAUUUUCGUUCUUGGAACGCUCUUCCCCGAAGGUCUCUCUUGACCAAACAUUCAAUCUUUCCAAUUAUCCUUCCAUCACUUUGGAAUAAAACAUUGAAUGUCACGCAACCACAUACAUGCGGCAUUUACUGAUUUAGGAGUAAUUUGGAUGUAGUCCCAGAAAAGCGCUGGUGGAAGUGGCCUUGAUAAAAGCGUGAGAGCGAGUGCAGAAGCGUAAUUUCAUGCUGAAUUCCCUGAAUUAAGCACAUCAAUGGGGACAGGAACAGAAGAAGUGCUGUACUACAACGUUUCACUUCAAGCACAAAUGGACUUUUUUACAUACUGGGAUUCAUUUGUUUUCACACUCCACAAUAGACUUGAGAUAUGACAGUUUGGGUUUCUAGCACAGAAGAGUUUUUUUAGUUAGGUGGGAUGAAAUGGACUGCUUUUUAAAGCCAUGAUAAAGACUUGUGCAUGUGUGUCUGAAUCAGAAAUGCUUUGAACUCAACCGUUCUCCUACUGUGGAUCCAAGUACGUUCGUUGAACUGAUUGGACUUUGAAAGAUAACCGAACUGUCUGUGGGGAUCUGGGAUAUGCUGCUUGGCUGAAGUAGCACAGCGGUUGCUCUGAGUAGGUGAUCUGAGCGCAUUCGUGGCCUGAAGGUGUGCGGGUUCGUACGUCAGGAUGGGGUGUAACAUGUGCGUGGUGCAGAAGCCCGAGGAGCAGUACAGGGUCAUGUUCCAGAGGGGGCAGAUAAACGGCAUGCUGUGCACUUUAAAUGGGGAGGUGAACAGUAGAGACUUGUCUCAGCUCUCUCAGGAGCAGACCCUGCAUGCACUGCGCUGCAGGAGGAACAUGAGGUGGGGUCCGAGGAGGAAAGCAGGUGUGCCUGGAGCUGGUGGAGGGACGACGGUAAUGACUGACUGUGUGGACAGCGGGACGCAGACAGAUAUUAGCUUCCAGCACAUGGUGACAUUAGGCAGACCCGUCCAUCACAACAGACCAGCGUCGCCUCCUUCCCCUCCACUGCCGCCCAUGCCAGAGCCAUACCUCUUCAGCCAGCUCCCUCCUAUUGACCAUGUGUACUAUGACCCGACGGACUACUUUGACAUUAGUCAACAUGAGGUGGACAGACAAGAUGACCUGGAGUAUGAGGAGGUGGAACUGUAUAAAUCUUGUCAGCAAGAUAAACUGGGUUUAACGGUGUGUUAUCGCACUGAUGAUGAAGAGGAUCUGGGUAUCUACGUGGGUGAGGUCAACCCUAAUAGCAUUGCAGCUAAAGACGGCCGAAUCCGUGAGGGAGACAGAAUAUUGCAGAUAAAUGGGAUGGAUGUGCAGAACAGAGAGGAAGCAGUGGCCAUCCUGACUAGAGAGGACAGCACUAACAUCUCUCUGCUACUGGCACGACCAGAUAUUGAGAACGAGGCUGAUGACCUGGACUUGGAGUUGGGCGUAGGCCUGGAUCUUGAGGACUUGGAAAAUGUCUCUAACUUACCAAGCCCUCAGCACCGAAGGAAAGCUAGCUCCUUGCUGAGUGACAUCAAUGGGAUCCGAGGUGGUCGGCCCAACUUGUGGCACACUGCACUUAAUAACAGCCAAGAGCUGGACAGUGGGGUGGGUCGCACUGAUGAAAGCACACGCUGUGAAGAGUCCUCCGAGCUGGCCGAUGAUGCCACCAGUGCAUGCACGACCAAUGCCACCAAUACACCCGGCAGUUUGCGCAAGUUCCGCGCUGCUCAGCACGGAUGGGAAUUCCACUACAGCAACGACUCACUGCUGGGGCCAGAUGGGGUGGGAGCGGCGGAUCAUGGGGCUCCUGAAUCACUGGGCUCGGUGACGAGCAGAUCUCUGAUGCCAGGGUUAACUGAAGAAGAAUACGAACGUUACCGAGAGCUACUGGAGAUCCGGUGCCUUUACGAGAAAAACGGAAAUGCACUUUUUCUUUUGGAUGGAAGGAACCAUGGUGGAGGUGAUUUUGCAGGAGCAGGCGUUCCUGUAGACAUGAAUUGUAAUGAAAGCCUGAUGCAGCACGAGAUUGCCCUCCUAGAUGAGGAAAUCCGUCACCUGGAGUUUAAGUGGCGCAAUGUUUUGCGGGCUCAAAAGAUGCAGCAGUUGCGCCAACGCUGCCUAAAGGUCUGGCCAGCUGACGAAGAGGAUGAUGAAGAAAAAGGAGCAAAGGCAAGGUGUGGAGGUGCCGAGGCAAUCCGCCAUGAUCUGUCAGACAUCAACGAGAUCCCAGAAAGGGAACGCUCUGAUAAAGAGAGCACAAGCGCCUAUAAUACCGGUGGGGAAAGUUGCAGAAGCACGCCUUUGGCAAGUGAACGACACCCUUCACCGUCUGCAGCUGGAGAUUCCAGUGCCUCUGCAACCAUGCGACCUCGGACGCCCCGUCACAGAACAAGCACAAGUAGGGAUAAGAAUCUAAACAUACCUUCUUCUUCGGAUGCCAAGAAAAAGAGUGAAGAAACAGGGGACAACAAAAACUCUACUCCAAAGGUUCGAUCGUUAUCCCGGAAUGGAGCGAGUAGUAGAAAAGGCUUGGAUGGAGCCCGAAGGGGCUCCCAUGCAAAUGGGUCUCUCACUACCGGGAUCGUGAAAGGAGGAAGGAGUGCUGAAAACAGUCCGUACUUGUCCCGUCGGCGCUGCAGUACCACGCUGCCUCAACGCUACCAGAGUUGCAUGCAGCUGAGGGACAUGUCUACAAAUGACUGUCCAGAAGUUAGGGACACAAGCGAAGAGGUUCCUUCUUACUCCAACACCUUAACUGGUGCAAACAGAGACUCCACAGCUGCUCCUGCAACUUCUUUGAUUAUACCACCUCCACUGCCUCCAUCUUCACCUCGAAUGGAGUGGAAGGUAAAGAUCCGCAGCGAUGGCUCACGUUACGUCGCUAAACGCCCGGUACGAGACCGGUUGCUAAAAGCUCGUGCCAUGAAGAUUCGAGAGGAGCGCAGUGGGAUGACCACGGAUGAUGAUGCGGUUAGUGAAAUGAAGAUGGGACGAUAUUGGAGCAAGGAGGAACGUAAGCAGCAGCUGUUGAGAGCUCGUGAGCAACGCCGACGCCGUGAGUUCAUGAUGCAGAGCCGACUGGACUUCUUGCGGGAGAAAGAGAAGGAACAAGACUCUGGACCACAAGGACAGGCUUCUAUACUUGAGCUCAGCCAGAAAAAGAGUAUGAAGAAACGCAGCCGACGCAUCCUAGACAACUGGAUCACCAUCCAGGAGCUCCUGGCACAUGGAACCCGUUCUGUAGAUGGGAAGAAAGUGUACAACCCUUUGCUAUCCGUGACCACUGUUUAACAAUUGGUGUGAAAUGAGAAUUUUUAACAAGGAAAAUGUGAAGAUAUGUAAAUUGUGGUUUCCGAAUUACUUGCGGCUGUCUGACAAAAAUGGAUAGACGUUUAAAUGAAGAAAUGAUGAUGAAUAUAAAUGUACAAAAGAAAUGUAAAAGACAGAAAGGCUAAUGGCAAAUGAAUGUAAAUUUUUCAUAAUUAACAUGAACUCUUGGAGCAGCUGUCUGCCCCUAUACAUUGCUUCGAUGCUUGAAAUUUCAGAGUCACUCUAAGACUGUUACAGCGCAGUGGUGGUCUUGAGCAUUUCCAAACCAGAUUAAAACAUUUUCUUUCAUAAACACUGAGAACAUUUCAUAAGAGGAACAGUUCUUGGGCCCGUUGCUUAAACUGCUUGGACUAGUAGUCAUUUCUCUUUUUCUUUAAGAUUUCUAGUUGGUGAAAAUACUUUUUAAGAAGCAGUGUUUAUGCAACUGGCCCUAGCUCUUAAAUUUUUGAGGAAAUUACAAAGUUAACCAGGUGACUGGUUAAGAAUUUGCUGCUGUUGUUUUGGCUCAAUAUGUGUGGCAAAUGUAAAGGAAGUUUGCAAAAGAACAAGAAAAGAAUGAGCCAUUAUUUCAUAAUUUUAGAAGCACAUGAAUCCAUUGAACAAACAAACCAAAAAGCACAUUAACAACAAAAGUACAAAAGGCAGGAAAGUUUCAGUACACAAAUAUAGGCACAACAAAUGGUAUUGUCAAUUGUAAAACACUGAAAUUGCCCAAAGAAAAAUGAUUUGAUUGUAUAUGUUUGUGGUACAUUUGCCAACACUCAAGGAACAAACCGAACAAUAUUAUUGACAUUCAUAAAAUGAUUUUGUUGUCAGCUUGCAACAUCACAUUUCAAACAUUUCAAACUAUCAAUUCUUUGAUAUUGUAAAAAUUUUGCAUGUUGUUGUCUGGGAAAUGUUUAAAUUAUGUUGUGUAAAACUGUCAAGUGAAGUUUUUGCUGCGUGUCUCUUCUGUAAUACUCGUCAACAGGACAUUACUAUAUUGUCCAAAUGUUCAUUCAACAUCUUGCAGGUCUAAAAUGAAGGAAUUUCUGCUCCUAAAUGUUUUUGAAUAAAACUUUUGCAACUUCA